GUUGCGUGGGAACGCAGUUGAACUAUCGAAGUCAGGUUUAUUCCCUCUCUAUCUCUCCUUCCUUCUAGUUAGUAUUCUUCAGAUUUCUCUUUCUGGGCGGCAGACAUGCAGAUCUUUGUGAAAACCCUCACCGGAAAGACGAUCACUCUUGAAGUGGAGAGCAGCGAUACCAUUGAUAAUGUCAAGGCCAAGAUUCAGGACAAGGAAGGGAUCCCUCCGGAUCAACAAAGACUGAUUUUUGCUGGAAAACAACUCGAGGAUGGCCGAACACUUGCUGACUAUAACAUCCAGAAGGAAUCGACAUUGCAUUUGGUUUUGAGGUUGAGGGGUGGGACUAUGAUUAAGGUGAAGACACUAACUGGGAAAGAGAUAGAAAUUGAUAUUGAACCGACAGAUACUAUUGAUCGCAUCAAGGAAAGAAUCGAGGAGAAGGAAGGGAUUCCUCCUGUGCAGCAAAGGCUAAUCUAUGCUGGGAAGCAGCUUUCGGAUGACAAAACUGCCAAAGAUUAUAACAUUGAAGGUGGAUCUGUACUCCAUCUCGUGCUUGCCUUGAGAGGUGGUGGUGGUUAUUUUUGAAUGGAAGCAAAUCGAAAAAUUUCACAAGAACUUGAGCUGUUUGUUUAACUACACCACUUGGAGAACAACUGCAUUAAUUAAUGUAUAAACUUGGUUUGACCAAUUUGCCAGAAAUAUAGGACAAUGUUCAUCCAAUUUUCUCUUUUCCAUGACUUUGAUAAUUGCUUUGGAGCUUCUAGCUCUUUACUCUCAUAUGAUAUGAAGGUUCUAUUUCUUUGGUUA